GACCCUUUAAUUCACUCCCAGAACACGCAGACGACUUGAGCUUGAAGGAUCAUGGGUAUGAAGAAGGGAGGGGUGAAUAAUGAUACGACGACUUGAUACAUUUAAGUCUGAAGGAUCAACAUAGGUACGCUGGAGCAGAGGAGGGGAGGUGAAAAUAAAAGAUGAAAACACACGACUUCUGAUAAAACAAUAUGAUAAACCUUCAAGUUGUCCUGGUGUAAGAAGAGCAAUUCAUCUUCUUGUUCACGCCUGCAAGUAUUUUCAUCGAUUACGGGAGAAAUUGCGCGAGAGCAUGCAAGGCUUUCUGCUCAUCGAGGAGUUUCGCCUACAUGGAAAUGCGAGUCAACGACCGUCUGUGCAGUUGACGACAUCACUUACAACGCAUUGUAAGAUCCAAAUAAGAGCAAUCAAAACCCAUCUCCAUGCCGAACGUAUAUCUCCUCCUCUAGCGACCAUUGCAGAAAGCAUUAGUACUACAAAUGGUGGCGCGAGUAGCACUAGUAGCGGUGCAGCUUCAAGUUCAACUGAGACGCAAGCAGCUGGUUCAGCAUCUUCUACAUCCCCUGGUAGCGCAACAGCGAAUUUUAGUGGUACUUCAAGUUCUAGUCCAGGUGGCACUUCAAGUUUUACUGGAGAGAAACAACAACAAGCUUCGUCAGAACCAACAUUGGCGCAAGUCGACCAAGUUGUCGCCUUGUGGUUGCAAGAGCUCAAUGAGCAUGCCCAGAGCGACGAGAAGAUUUCGCUGAUGGAUUUCAUCACGUUUGGGUACCAAAAGUGGAAGAUCCGGCUUGAGCACAUUUACCGUCAAUGUAGGGAGAUUCAAGGAUCAUCGAGUAGUUUCCAUAACAGGAAUAGAGGCUCGGUGGAACCAGGAGAGUCCGUGCCAUCAUUGGAGGAGCAAGAAGCGAUCCGACAGUUUUUGGAAGGGAUUCCACUCUUUGCGAGGAUGACACAAUCAAUGUCCGAGGAGAAUGGUGCACGCCAAUCUUUUCUCAGUUGCAUUCGAAAACAACAUUUCCACCUGGAAGCGAGGUCUUCCGCCAAUCGGAAAAAGGAAACGAAUUUUACAUUGUCCAAUCCGGGGUAGCGCAAGUGAAGAGAACUUUCUGAAGGUGGGGGAUAAAGUCCGGAAUAUCAAAGAAGUACAUUUUGGCGGUCGCAAAGUUCCCGUUGGUUCUCUUGCUGUCGUGGACAAGUUCGGCCGGCAACUUGAGUAUCCUUACACGAUCCGUACAGUCGAGACUGGCCAACGAGGCAGAAUUCUCGCUUCGGAGGUUGAGCUCCUCCAAGGUCCUCCGCAGGACGAAUUCAUCGCCACUCUCCGCAAACAAGAGUACUUUGGCGAACAAGUGAUUGCGAAGAACUGCCUCCGAACAGCGACUUUGAGGGUGCCAGAGUCUUGUCCGGAUGGCGGCUUGUCCGUGUUGGUGAUUCACCGAGACAAGCUUAAACAGUUUGGGAGAGGAGAAAAAUUGCAAUUCGUAAGGAGGAAGGCGAUGCGAGCAGCCUAUCGAAAGAGCGGACAGAGUGAUGGCGAAAGAGUCAACGUUGGCGAAGAGCGCGUGGAAAAAACCAAGGAGCAGAUCGAUUUAAGCAAGCGUGCGAUUCGAGGCAAUCCAAAUCUGACGCAAUUUGUCCAGAUGAACGAAGACCAAUUGGAUAGCUUGGCAAGAAGCGCAUUGUUGAAAAGGGGGAAGCCCGGAGAGCAAAUUAUCAAGGAGGGGGUAAUGUUCGCGGACCGCUUCUACGUUAUCCAGAGUGGCUCUUUUUGCUUGGAGAAAAAUGAAAAAAGAGUAGGCUCCUCUGCAGGACCAGAAUGCUCGUUUGGCGAACUAGCUCUGUUGUAUCACGUUCCCACAGCGGCGUCAGUGUUUUGCGAAGAGACUGCUGGGCAGCGCGCUGACAGUUCAUCCGCGGCUAGUGCAGCCACAGCCCCAACUGAGAGAGGCGGGGAAAACACUGCUGUUGCUGUUGCUUCUAGUUCAGAACAGACUGAUUCUUCUUCGUCAGCAGUUGCAGGUCCAACGGCAGCCGCCAGUAAUACGUCAUCCACUAGCAACCAGAACCAAGAUGUCCAGGCACUUGAAAGCACUGCCAGGGAGCAACAAGGCGGCGGACGUCUGUGGGUUAUCUCGAGGUCUGCUUUCAAGCGCGAACUAGUCGGCGGCAAUGACGAGAAGGUGAACGAGUAUGUGGAAUUCAUUUCCAGCAUCGAGACCUUCCAUUGUCUCCUUUCAUCUGAGAAACAGCGCAUGGCGGAGUCUUUGGUGGAGUUGACUUUUGAGAACGGCAAGGCGAUCACCCGAGAAGGCGACAAAGGCGAAUUCUUCUACAUACUGAAGCAAGGUUGUUUGCGAAUUAUUCAAUCGGAACUGCCACCUGAGUCAGUGCAAGACGGACUGCCACUGCCAAGUGCGGUUCUUGAGAAUGCAGCAAACGCGGCAUCUAGUGGUAGUGCAGCUGCUGGCGGUGAUGGUGCUGUUGCAGGUAACACUGAUGGAGCUAGUGCAACGAAUGGAGCAAGUACAGCACAAGCGGCUCAAACCACUGCCGCCUCUAGCACACCAGCAUCGGCGGGUGAAGCUGCAGCACCUCCUGCUGCUAGUGCAACACCAGAGUAA